UCUGUGUUUGCUUACUUGCUAGUUCUAGCAUCCAAUGCCCUCUAAGCGUGAUUUGCAACCAGCCAAUCAGGUAAUGAAUAAACUUAUCGUUAUUUUAUGUGACAGUGGGGAAGACACGCAGUCAUGGCCAUGUCUCUGGGUGAUGACACACUGCUGUGUAAUUUUCCAAAGUGUCGGGCCAAGUUAAGUGGCUUUGCUUGGGUCACGGCCUGCUCGCACGUUUUCUGUGAUCAGCAUGGAUCUAGUGAGUUCACCCGCUCCCCUGCUAUCUGCCCAGCGUGCUCCUCUGCACUGUCUGGGAAGUUGGACAUUGUCAGGACAGAAUUAUCACCAUCCGAAGAGUACAAAGCCAUGGUGCUGGCAGGUCUGCGACCAGAUAUAGUUUUGGACAUCAGUGCCCGAGCCCUGGCCUUCUGGAGCUAUCAGGUCCAUCAAGAGCGCAUGUAUCAGGAGUACAGUAUGUCACGUGCUGAUGCACAACUGAAGCAAAUGGAGAAGAUUUUGACCCAACAGAACCAAAGCAGAGAACUAGAGCUGAACGCAAUGAGGGGGGAGAUCACCUCCCUAAAGAAAGUGAUGGAAGAGUACAAAAGGAAGUACAGUGAGGUGUCUGAGAGGCUGAUGGAGAGGAACAGGCAGUACCAGAAGCUUCAGGGCCUGUAUGACUCCCUGAGGCUGCGUAACAUGGUGGUAGGAGCUGGGGACAGAGACAUGGCACCACAACUUGGACAAGACUUAAACACUGCAGUGGCUCGGCAGGCGACUCCUCAGAGAAGCCCCCAGUUCCUGCCGCUCGGCCCCAAUGUGGACAGUCGUUUCUUCUCUUGCCUGGAGGCUGAUGGAGCCAAGACUUUCUUCCAGUUCAGCUCCCCAGCCAGAGAUAAGAGCCGAACCUCCAUCAUCAAACACUGA